AUGUUUCUUUGCAUAUAAGAUUAAGUACCUUAACUAACAAACAGAUGUUCAAUAGAUGUGGCUGAUAUAGAAUAAUAGGAAUAGCAAUCAUUAAUUACUGAAUAUAAGUAAAAAUAUCAAUUGAAUUAAUCGAUGAACAUUAUCUUAAAAGAAAAAAUAGUAUAUAUAUAUAAGUAUUUUAUUAUAAUACUCUUAGCAAGAGCGAAUUUGAUCUUUUGGGAAUCUAAAAUUCAUUUACAUAUUAUUUGUUAAUAUAUAACAUAACGACAAAACUAAUUCCUAAAAUUGAUUUAUAAAAUAUAGAAAUAGAAAAUUAACCAGUAAAUAUGCAAAUAACUUUUAGGAUUGUUAGGCUAAUGUGUGUGGUAAACAUUGCGGUUUAUUAUUGAUUUAUAUCGCUCCCCUCAGAUCUUGCCUCUCUAGGUCAGUUUGGAAAUAAACUUGCAAUUUACAGUUCAGUCUCAAAGUGUGUUUAUAAUCAGGUUAUUGUUCAGCUAUCUUUGAGGUCAUAAAAAAAAGUAUAUUCCACUGUUACUUAUCUAAAAAUGAUUCAUUAUGCAAUUGGAUACUGUCUGAUUCUGUCCACUCUUAACGAUUAAAUUAAUUAGCAAUAGCACUUGAUACGUAGAAUUUAUAUUUGUUAUGUUAAUAACUUUAGCUCCCACCAAAGAUAGUAGCUGAUAGAUGA